AACCCGUAUACCUGUUUUUACUUAUUUAUCACUCUGUUUACGCAAAUUCCUGCAAGUUGAUUGAAGUUAAAGUGUGCUACAUGCCACUGAAAUAGCCUUGAGUCGCUAAUAGUAGCAGGGCUGCAUCAGUUCAAGGAAUAAGAUCGCUAAACAGGUGAUAUUUGAUGACAGUGACUGGGAAUUGAGCAGACCAAAUAAAAAGUUCACCAUUCCCCUCCCCAUCCUCCCGUCCUCACCCUCUCCUCUGAAAGACAUCUCUAACCAUGAAUGAAGUCAGUAUAGUGAGAGAGGGCUGGCUCCAGAAGAGAGGUGAAUAUAUCAAAACAUGGAGGCCCAGAUAUUUCAUUUUAAAAAGUGACGGUUCCUUUAUCGGCUACAAAGAAAAACCUGACCUCAAUGACCAGAGUUCUCCUCCUCUCAACAACUUCUCAGUAGCACAAUGCCAGUUAAUGAAGACUGAAAGACCUAAGCCAAAUACUUUUGUCAUCCGUUGCCUUCAGUGGACCACUUUCAUUGAACGUACUUUUCACGUGGACACUAAUGAGGAGAGAGAGGAAUGGAUGCGGGCCAUUCAGUCGGUGGCCAACAGUUUAAAGAUGCGCGAGGAGGAAGAGGAGGAGCCAAUGGAUGUCUUUGGUUCACCCAGCGAGUGCAGUUUGGAGGAGAUGGAAGUGGCUAUGUCCAAGAGUCGCAAUAAAGUGAACAUGAGUGACUUUGAGUAUCUAAAGUUGCUUGGUAAGGGGACAUUUGGAAAAGUGAUUCUUGUCAAGGAAAAGUCUACUGGAGUACACUAUGCCAUGAAAAUAUUGCGCAAAGAAGUAAUUAUAGCUAAGGAUGAAGUUGCCCACACAGUUACAGAGAGCAGAGUUUUACAAAACACGCGUCACCCUUUUCUCACUACACUGAAAUAUGCCUUCCAAACACACGAUCGGUUGUGUUUUGUUAUGGAGUAUACCAACGGAGGCGAGCUGUUCUUCCACUUGUCACGUGAGCGGGUCUUCACAGAGGAUCGGGCUCGCUUCUAUGGGGCAGAGAUUGUAUCAGCGCUGGAAUACCUCCACUCACGAGAUGUUGUGUACCGCGACCUCAAGCUGGAGAACCUUAUGCUGGACAAAGAUGGACACAUUAAAAUCACAGACUUUGGCCUUUGUAAAGAAGGAAUCACGUCUGACGCCACCAUGAAGACCUUCUGUGGAACGCCUGAGUAUCUCGCUCCUGAGGUUCUGGAGGACAAUGACUAUGGGCGUGCAGUGGACUGGUGGGGUCUGGGCGUUGUCAUGUAUGAGAUGAUGUGCGGCCGUCUGCCUUUCUAUAACCGCGAUCAUGAGCGACUGUUUGAACUC